AUGCCUCAGUGCCCAAUCUGCCAGAGCACCUUCGAGCAGCUUCGCAAGCACCUUGUGAAUGCGCAUUCCGUAAAAAAUGUGGCCGAACGGCAAAUCUUGCUCAACCUGACUCCGGGCAGGGUCAAUAUCAGGCAUUGCCCUUGCCCGGUCAGGGGCUGUUCAUAUGCACAGUCCCGGCUGGACAAGCAUAUUCUAGACACCCACACUGAGAUGGCCAUUAACAAGAGGGCCAGCAGUGUUCAGGUAGCCAAGCUCCGGCAGUGCCUGAAGCUCCUGCGUGAGCUCCAGGGUACAAAUCCAACACCAGAGGUCAGUACAGCUGUCGACCUUCUCGCGGAGGUCGGGGAGGAGGACAUCACAGUAGAAACAGAGGAACCUGAGGAUGAGCAGUACAAUCAACUGGAUGAGCUGGAGGUGACUCGGGUGGACAAGCAGGUGAACGAAGCCAUGGUCUGGAUGAACAGCAAGAUGAACCAGCAGAACAUUCAGGACCUCAACCUGGACCCAGUGGUAAAAGUUCAGGAGAUCAAGGCCAAGACUAAGAAUCUGGUCUCGUCUGUGAUUUUUCAGGUGAAAACGGAGACGACGGCCGAUUUAAACGUUUUUCAUGAACAGAAAAGUCAAAGUUCGACUGAGGAACAUGAGCGACACGUGGAAGAUCUGCACAAGAGACACGAACAAGAGAAAAAUCAACUGACGGAAAAGUUUCAAGACGCUGAAAACGUCCUGAAGGGGGAAGUGGAGGAGCUGAGAGCAGAGCUGCAGGUUUACAACGAGCUGAAGAAGAGAGCUGAAGAUUCCACGUUUAAUAAAGACCUGCAGAGAAAUAUUCAGGACCACGGCAGCCCAGGUGCAUUCUGGGAGUCUGAGCAGGAGCCUCUGGUGUUCGUCAUUGAGAUGAAGAGCGAGCGUGUGCAUGAGCAGAGCAGGAAGCUGCAGCAGAUGGAAGAUCUGGUCGGUUCACUGUCGUCGUUAGAAGAUCAGAUCAUCAACAUCCUGCAGCAGAACGAGGAUCUCAGAGUCCGGAUCGACAACUGUCAGACUCUCACUCAGCAGUUACUAAAGGAGCAGCAUGACCUGAAGGUGGCACUGGAGAGGCAGGCAGAAGUGAACCAGAAGCUCUCUCAGGAAAAAGAGCAGCUGAUGUUCAAGCUGAGACACAGAGACUCGUGUCCGACCCUGCACCUGCCCGUCAUGGUGCACGAGAUCGCUCCCAGAUGA